CCUCCUCCCCUGGAAACUGGAGGAGCAUCUUCGCCCUCUGACGUCAUGACAGCAGCAUCAGCUGUUAGCUCUGCUCUAAGCCUUUUCGCUGCCGAUCGCUUCCUGCUCAAAGGAAAUAUAUGAGAUCCCCUCCAACCCCUGAAAUGGCGACACAGGAGGUACCGCUGAACGAGACUCUGGCUCACCUCAAAACGGAGUCGGAGACGCUGAAGUCGAAGCUGGAGGAGGAAAGAGCGAAGCUGCACGAUGUCGAGCUACAUCAGGUGGCAGAGAAGGUGGAGGGGCUGGGCCAGUUUGUCAUGAAGACCCGGAGGACCCUGAAGGGGCACGGGAAUAAAGUUCUGUGCAUGGACUGGUGCAAGGACAAGAGGAGGAUCGUCAGCUCCUCACAGGAUGGAAAAGUUAUUGUGUGGGACGCUUUCACCACCAACAAGGAACAUGCUGUGACAAUGCCUUGCACCUGGGUGAUGGCCUGUGCCUAUGCCCCCUCUGGCUGCGCUGUAGCUUGUGGAGGCCUGGACAAUAAAUGCUCAGUUUAUCCUCUGUCUUUGGACAAGAAUGAGAACUUAGCUGCAAAGAAGAAGUCAGUGGCCAUGCACACAAACUACCUGUCUGCUUGUAGCUUCACCAACUCGGAUAUGCAGAUCCUGACGUCCAGCGGGGAUGGAACAUGUGCAUUAUGGGAUGUUGAGAGCGGGCAGCUGUUACAGAGUUUCCAUGGACACGCUGCAGAUGUGUUGUGUUUGGAUCUGGCCCCAUCUGAAACCGGAAACACGUUUGUUUCGGGGGGCUGUGAUAAGAAGGCCAAUGUCUGGGAUAUGCGUUCAGGGCAGUGUAUUCAGUCCUUUGAAACUCACGAGUCAGACAUAAAUAGUGUGCGAUACUAUCCCAGCGGAGACGCUUUUGCAUCUGGAUCGGAUGACGCUACAUGCCGCCUGUAUGACCUAAGGGCAGACAGGGAAGUGGCUAUCUAUUCCAAAGACAGCAUCAUAUUUGGCGUCUCCAGUGUUGAUUUCUCGCUCAGUGGCCGGCUACUGUUUGGUGGCUACAACGACUACACCAUUAAUGUUUGGGAUGUUCUCAAAGGAACACGGGUCUCUAUUCUGUUUGGACACGAGAACCGUGUCAGCACCCUGCGGGUUUCCCCUGAUGGGACAGCCUUCUGCACAGGUUCCUGGGACCACACUCUUCGGAUCUGGGCCUAAGCAUCAAGACACAAAGGAUUAAAUAGUAGACAGAGCUACUGAAGACACACUGAUGUUUCUGUUUGCUAGAGUACAAUCACAGAGAUAGAGACUCAGUUUUGAUUGUACAUAGGGCACAUCAAUAGCAUUGUAUAUACUCCAGUGUUUUGGCCAGGGUAGAUUUACAUAUUUUAAAGAGUAAUAAACCAAAUGGCUAGCUCGCAUUACAAUGUGAUGGGAAGAUUACAACUGAUUACAACUAUGAAGUUGAAAACAAGUAUAUUACUGAAAAUAUUAUUGGUAGUGGCUUGCAUCAGUCUAGGAUAGAAGUGAUACAAUAAUGUGAUGUGUUAAUUAGCCCACAUGGAGGAAAAUACAUGUUUACUUAUUGUUAUUAUUUUUUAUCAAACAAAUGAGGACAUUCAUUCAGUGGAGACAUCAAAGAGCAGGUGGGCUUUUCUGUGAAUGGCAAAAGUUAUGAGAAAUGAUAAUGAGAUUUAUGGAGAAAGGUACAAAUUAAUAUUUUAUUUUUUGCAAAUUAUAUUAAAUGUACAUCUAACAAACAACCUGUGCACCCAACAGCUGCUUCUCACCUGCCAAUAUAAUACUGUAUCAAUAUCAAUGCAAAGAAAGCACAUUAAUAGGUAAACAUGAGAUGAAUUUUUUUUUUUUCAUUCCUGUAAUUUAAAACAUGGUUUACUACAUCUUUUUUCGUUUCCAGAUGUGGAAGCCACUCACUACUCGAUGUGCACUAGAGACACCCUGAACUUGUGCUACCCCACUGUUGAAAUACUAAUAUGCUUAAAAAAAUUAAUUUAAAAAAAAAUAUAUACAUAUAAUUGAAUGUACUCCUUUUCAUGCAGUUGUCCAAUGGUUGUAAUUUCAUAUUUAGAGUAAUUAUUGUAGUUUAGUGUACAGAUAUGCAGGGGACUGUUAAUCAAACUAUUACAAACAUAAUAAAAUCAGUUUUGAAUAUC